UAAGGGCUACUUUCAGCAUUAUAAAGAUAUAUUGUGAAUAUAAGAUUGUGAAUUUGAGAAUGUCCUUUAUUCACUCCAUAAGCUGGGGUUUGUCGUAUGUGUCUCUGUUUAAGUGGAAAUUUUCAGCUCUGGAGAAAAAUAACUGACUCAGAAAACGGCGGGAAAACAUUUGAAUUUUGUAUCAAUUCAAACUGAAUUUAGCCGUUAUCUGCCAGGUGUGUGGGAGGGGCUUUAAUAACGUCGCGUUUAUAUAGCAUAGACUGUAAAAGAUAUGGUUAUAACUACGCUACUGGACAUUUUUAAGACUAGACAUUAUCAGUUACUAUUUUUUAUUAUGAUAAAAGAGGUUUAGGGUUGGGGUAGAUAUGAACCUUAACAAAACACAAUUGGUUGGACCAACUCGUUUUGUCAUGUUAUAAUUUUAUCGGCUUAAAUUCACCAUGCUAGUAUGUUAUUUGGGUGAAGAAGCUGACGUUUAUAGUUUUUUUUUCUUCAUAAUAUUAAUGGCGAUAGCUGAGCGGUAUUGCAGGGGGCGCUGUGGUGAUUUUCUUCUACCUUGCCGCCAAACCACUGAAGGAAUAAACACUGGAGCCCGCGAUGAUGUUGAGCAUGGAGGUGCAGGUGGACGUGAGCUGCUGUAAAUCAGUAGGAACUGAUCUGUCCAUGCUGGAUAUUGAGGAUUUCAUCAGUCAAAUCUGUCAGCUGAAGAAAGAGGUGGCGUCGCUGGAGGCCAAGCUGAGAGAAAGAGGAGAGAAACUCCAGCCAGAGCGUCAGGAUUCGCUGUGCGGCGUCAGAGCUCAGAGAUCCAGAGACGCGCAGAACUCAGAGCUCAGCCUGACUUUACUCUGUUAUACUGACGCUCAGGAUCAUCAGAGCUCUGAGCCAGACGCUGGAGAACAGCAGACCACACUGAAGAUGUGCUCCGUCAGGCUGGAGGACUGCAGGAACCUGAUCCAGAGAACUGAAAACACCACAGAAGAAGACGAUCAGAGAGACCAGGAGGAUGAUGAUGUUGAUAAUGAUGAAAAUGAAAAAGAUGACGAUGAUGAUGAAUUUAUUCCUCCAGGUGACAACACUGGAUCGUCUGAUGAAGAAGCGCCGUUAACUUUGAAAGGUAAGCCGAAGGUCAAGAAGAGUUUCUCCUGCACCUCCUGUGGAAAAGCAUUCGCCUGUCAAAGUUAUUUAUUGAUUCAUGAAAGAAAACACUCAGAACCGAAGGUCUUCAUCUGCUGGAGAUGUCGUAAGUGCUUUCCAACAUUACAGGAGAGAAAACUUCACCUGAAAGAGCAUCUGGCAGAAAAGGAGUUCCACUGUGAACAGUGCGGGAAGAACUUUUUAUUGUCUAAUCAGCUAAAAGUUCACAUGAAGACGCACAGCGGUGACCAGCGUGUCCAGUGUGACGUAUGCAACAAAUCAUUCAGCACCAAAGCAAACCUGGAGGUUCAUAAGAGAAUCCACACGGGCGAGCGGCCGUAUAAAUGCCCUCACUGCAAGAAGAGCUUUAAUUACAAAUCCUACAUGAAGAACCACAUCCGCAUUCACACCAACGAGAGGCCGUACCAGUGCAGCGAGUGCGGAAAAACCUUCAAAACAAACAACUCUCUAAACUCUCAUCUAAAAUUCCACUCUGAGGAAAAACCGCAUCAGUGCAAAUACUGCGACAAGCGAUUCCGCAUGAAAGCAAAUCUGAAUGUCCAUGAGAGGAUUCACACCGGAGAGAAGCCGUACCUGUGCGCCGAAUGCGGGAAGAGGGUUAAAACUUCUACUGAGCUGGUUUGUCACCAAAGAAUCCACACUGGAGAAAAACCGUACCUGUGCAACAUAUGUGGGCGGAGUUUCAGUAAACCAACCAUCUUAAUAAACCACAUGAGGACUCACACUGGAGAAAGACCCUAUAAAUGUUCACACUGCGACAAGACGUUUGCACGAUCUGACGUGCUGAAGACCCACGAGAGGGUUCAUACCGGAGAGAAACCGUACCGCUGCUCCAUCUGCGAAGAGAGGUUUGCGUAUUUAGGAAGUUUUCAGAGCCACCAGAAGAAACAUGGAGCAGAACUAGUGGAUGCGCAGAUCAGCGCAUGAUGGAGAAUUGACGACUGAGUGUUUCUGACAGCGUUUCUUCAUCCUAGUCCUCAAUCUCCACUGCUCUGCGUAUUUUGAUAUUUGGAAAAGAAGUUAAAAUUGUGCACUGCUAGCUAUUGACUUCCAUAGUACGUUGUCAUCAAAACAGUGCUGAUGUGAAAGAUGCUGCAAAACGCAUAAGCGUAAUGGUCAUGUCCAUUAACUGCGUGUCUACCUAGAGAAACAAUGAAAAAGUAGCUCACUAGAAUGGACAAACCUGUUCUUUGCGAUAUUAUAUUACCAUAUUAAAAUACACCUUUAAAAAUAAAAUUUAUAAAUCAAAAA